AUGCACGUGUCCAGGUGUCUUGCAAGCCUGCUCGCCUCUGCCGGCUUGCAAAGCCUAGCCACCGCACUCAAUCUCAACAUCACCGCAGUCGGGGCGCAGAACGGUGCCUCCACGCUCGAGUGCUGGACGAUGGACACGCCCUUCUCCAUCGCAUCCACCCCUGGUAUCGCCGGCAGCGCAUCGAUCGUUCUCGGCGAUGUCACCAAUUUCACCUACGUCGUGAUACCAUCGGGGCUAGACGGCGGGCUGCACCACGCACCUUCUAACCAAUGGGUCUGGUUUGUCUCUGGCCUUGCCUACAUCACGCUGCCCACAGACGAAACGACUGCAGCUUUUGUCUCUGGGGAGUUUGGCCUCAUCUUCGCUGCUGACACGGCGGACGUGAGCCGUCUGGGACACCGGACGCAGUAUUCGGGAAUCACAGAGACGGUGUCGAUCGCCAUGCCUACGACAGAUGGCAUGAUACCAUCUCAUAGUAGGUUGCACUAUGGGCCCUGCUCUACUGAGGAGAUAGCUGGAUAUGCCUUUUUAGCUUCUGGCUUGUCUUGA